UGUUUGCAUCCACUCGCAGUGAAUCGUUGAUUAAUGGUGUGCUCGUAAAAUGGAAAAGCACAAGUUCCGGCAUACCCUCGGGGUUUUGCUAGUUCUCGUGUCGGUGGCGAUCGCCGCUGAUUACGAAUUAAAGUUUGAUACAGCCAACGUAACGGCAAUGAUCAACACGACAACCGGAGAAUUAACGGUGGUACGUAAUGGCAUGGCCUUCCAAAGGAUUCUCAUGGGUCAGGAUCUCAAAACGAUGCAAAGUAGUGUAGAAAUAGCGAAUGGGUUCAAGCUGAGGAAUGCUGAUGGUGAGGAGAUUGAGUUUACCAAGGAUGUCGAUGAGUCCGAGUUUUCGUUAUUCACCGUGGCCAGGAAGGUUAGACACCGUUCGAAGAUGGUUGUGGAUUGUGUGCGAAUUGCAGGAUCGAACUGGUAUGGCGGACCCCAACAGAAGUAUCAAUACUGGCCUAUUCAAAAGCUGCGUUUCAAUGAGUACUCGUUCAUUUCGAAGGAAGCAGAUAAUUGCGCUGUGGCUGAUCGGUAUUGGUUGAAUUCGCUGGGAUCGUUUGUCUACGUAGAUGACCAAGCGCCACUGUUUAUUGAUCAGAACUACGGGGAACCGGGUUAUAUGUGUCUGGAGGUGAAAAAAUCGUUGCCAUAUGAUAUACAUGACAACACAUAUUCUUUCAUAUAUAAGAUUGGGAUUUCUAGCGAUGCGAAAAAGGCUCAUAUGGCAGCGGUGACACAUAUUCUAGGUAAACCUACAGGUCAUCCGGCAGAAGAAAUGGUAAAAUACUCUGUUUGGUCGACCUGGGCACGUUACAAAAGAGAUAUCAAUCAGACUGUGGUAUUGAAGUUUGCUGAUGAAAUUAUUCAACAUGGUUGGAAGAACGGUCAGUAUGAAUUAGACGAUGAUUGGGAAGUGUGCUACGGAGCGCUUAAGUUCAAUACUAAGAAGUUUCCAAAUAUCAAACAAACCGUUGACUCAAUUAGAGCGAAGGGGUUCCCCAGAGUUACCCUGUGGAUUCAUCCUUUCGUGAAUAAGGGAUGUGAGCCGGUGUAUUCGGAGGCGAAACGCUACGGCUACUUUGUAGCGGAUCACAAUGGGAAUCCAGACACGCAAUGGUGGAACAGUAUGAAAGGAGAAGCUGCCUACAUAGAUUUCACAAAGCCUGAGGUGGCGCAGUGGUUCACUCGAAGGCUGCAGGCAAUUCUAGAUGAGAGUGGAAUUGAUAGCUUCAAAUUCGAUGCCGGCGAAAGCAGCUGGUCUCCGCCCGAUGCGCUACUGAAUGGACCUCGUGCCCAACAUCCAUAUCUGAUCGUAGAGGAUUAUCUACGAGCCGUUGCUAUGUUUGGAGAUUUGGUUGAAGUUCGUUCAGCGCACAGUACUCAAGAUCUUCCAAUUUUCGUCCGCAUGAUCGACAAAGACUCCGAAUGGAAUUGGAACAACGGAUUGCCAACCUUGAUUACGACACUUCUGCAGAUGAACAUGGUCGGCUAUCCACUGGUUUUACCUGACAUGGUCGGCGGUAAUGGUUACGACGAUCAUCCGCCGAACAAAGAGAUGUUUAUUCGAUGGUUGCAAGCAAACGUCUUCAUGCCGAGCAUCCAAUUCUCAUAUGUCCCGUGGGAUUACGAUUCGGAAACGGUUCAAAUAUCGAAGGCAAUGACAGACUUACAUGAGAAGUAUACCCCUUCAAUUAUGGAGCGGUUCAAGCUGGCUGUUUCGAGGGGCGAUCCGGUGAACCCUCCGCUUUGGUGGAUAUCACCGAAUGAUACGGAAGCGCAAAAAAUCUAUGACCAAUUUCUCCUGGGAGAAGACAUCAUAGCGGCGCCUGUUAUUCGGGAAAAUUCACGAGCCAGAGAUAUCUAUCUGCCGGCAGGAAGUUGGGAAGAUGGUAACACAAAAACUGUUCACACUGGACCGAAAUGGAUUAGGAACUAUCCUGCUCCGCUUAGCAUGUUGCCGUACUUUGUUAGGAAAACAACGUUAAAUUGAAUAAACAAUUUAUGCAAAUCAUUA